UUUUUAAUCGAAGUUCAGGCCUGAGAUUGCAAAAUGGAGCUCGGAGACAGUGCAUUGACUAUUGCUGUCAAUGCUGUAAUGUCAUUAUUUGCGUUCGUGUUAUGCCUAAGUAUUAUUCCGAAAUUCAAGGAAAUGUUUGUUAAAGCUAAUUUAUGUGGUGUAGAUCUAAAUAAACCGAAUAGAAAUAAAAUUCCAGAGGCUUUAGGUGUUGUAUGUGGCGCGGUAUUUCUGUGUACCAUGUUUCUGUUCAUGCCAAUACCAUUUUACAAGCAGUUAGCGGAUAAUACACCAGGAAAGUUUCCACAUCAUGAGUACAUCCACUUUCUGGCUGCCCUUUUAUCUAUAUGUUGUAUGGUGUUCCUUGGAUUUGCUGAUGAUGUGUUGGAUCUAAGGUGGAGACACAAGCUCCUGCUGCCCACAUUUGCCUCGCUGCCACUCUUGACUGUCUACUUUAUCAACAUCAACGCGACCAAUGUUAUUAUGCCAGUUCAAUUGAGGUGGCUUAUUGGAUAUGACUUAAAUUUGGGUCCUUUGUAUUAUCUGUAUAUGGGCAUGUUGGCUGUGUUUUGCACCAAUGCCAUUAAUAUUCACUCAGGCGUAAAUGGCUUAGAAGUUGGCCAGUCAUGUGUAAUAAGUCUUUCAGUCCUGAUCUUUAAUUUUGCCGAGAUGCAAGGUGAGCACAGGUUGGGUCAUGUCUUCUCCGUGUAUUUCAUGAUGCCCUUCCUGGCUGUGAGUGCUGCUUUGCUCUACCAUAAUUGGUACCCAUCUCAAGUGUUUGUCGGUGACACCUACUGUUACUUUGCCGGGAUGACAUUCGCUGUUGUUGGGAUCCUGUCCCACUUCAGCAAGACCAUGCUGCUGUUUUUCAUCCCACAAGUGAUCAACUUCAUCUUCUCUGUGCCCCAACUCUUUCAUUUUGUCCCUUGUCCUAGGCACAGGUUACCCAGAUUAAGACCAGAUACCGGAAAACUAGACUUGAGUUAUACAAGUUUUAAGACUGGGAGUCUAGGUGUGAUUGGUCAGUUUUUCAUCAGUAUUUAUUCUCUCUUAGGCUUGAUAACUGUCCAGAAAGGAACAGGAGAUGGUGGGCUGUACACGCAGGUAAAUAAUUUUACACUGAACAAUUUGAUGCUAAAGCUCCUUGGACCACUGCAUGAGAGAACACUAGUUAUAAUACUGCUGUUUAUACAGAUUCUCUGCAGCGGCAUUGCUUUUGGUAUCCGAUACCAAUUAGCAAAGAUAUUCUAUGACAGCUAGGAAAUGGAUGGUGAUUAAUGUUGACCUGUUCUUGUUGUGUGCUAAAAUUAAUGUUGGAUUGAAUGGGAAUGUCACCAGUGACUUCCAUUAAAGAAGGAGUAAAUGUUUAAUAGGAAUUUUUUUUUCUUAAUAGAAAUGCUGAACUAGAUUUCCUUUUUUUAUUAUUAAAAAAUAAAAAUACACAUGUAAUUUUAUUAAAAUAAUCACUAUAUGACCUCAAACUAUCUUUCUUGUAAUUGUAAAAAUUAUUCUUGUUGUGGUUAAAUAUUUCAAAAUAUUUUAACUUUAAAAAAUCUAAUAAGUAUUUUUAAACUAUUCUUUUUACAUGUUUUUCACAUUUUUUAAAAAUAUAGUAAUUUAAAAAACUGUGAUUCUUUGAUUAAAAAUUUUUUAAAAACAUUUUAGAUCGAAGAACAAUAGUUUUGAUGUAAAAUGUACUGCAUACUGUUGUUUUUUUUUUGGUAGUGUGAUUAAAAAUUAAAUCAAGGUCAUUUUUGAUAGCACUAAAAUUAAAAUAAAAAGUUAGUUUUUUAAAAAGUUGUUUUUUCCUUUCUACAUAUAUUAGUUGUUUAAUCAGUUUUUAGUCAUAAUUUGUGUAAUACUUAACAGUAAAGUCACAGCCAUGAGCUCAGCAUUAAUAAUUAUGGUGGUUAAUGGACACACUGUUCUAAAUAGCAGACUGUUACCUCUAUUGUACGCAGUUCAAAUAUAUACUCAGUCUAAUUUAUUAUAGCUUUAAAUAAAAUGGCUACUUCCUGUUAAGUUCAAGAACAGACAAGGGUUGCGGUUUAAUUUAAGUUUUUGUUAUAAGCUGUUUAGUAAACCUGUUGCUUGUGUAUCCUAGUAUUUAAGAUGUUUAUAUUAGAUGACAAGUAACCAAAAGCACUUGGAAGAUUGUAUUUAGUAAUUUGUACAGACCCCACUUAUAUUGUGAUCCAUUUUAUAGGUUGAUUUUUUUCAAUCUUGGCUUAUGCCCUAAUAAAUUAUUCAUUUUUUACCAUUGGGUUCCAUUACACUUUUUAUUGUAUUUUCAUUUAUCUUUUGCCUGUUACUAAUGUGUCCUCCCUUUGCAAAAUUUUAUCUUUGUUACUCCUUAUCUCCCCUGUCAAUCUGGGUACAAGGUCAUGACUAAGCAAACUGUCACUUAUGGUGAAGGAGAGUACAAUCAAAUAUCUAUGAUCUUUUGUUUCUUGUACCUAUAAACUUACGUAACAUAAAUUUUUAUUUGCUUGACUUAUGCAUUGUUUGUUUAAAUUACAUGAAUUUUUCUUAGAUCUAUUGAAUAGGCAUUACCAUGCUUAUCUGCUUAAAUUGAAAAAAUGUCAACAACUAUCAUGAUAUUUUUACUAUGAAUUGUGAAAUAAAAAUUUCAUGCAGUAAAUAAAUAUCAAUAAAAUACAU